GUCAUGUUAUGAAAUUCAAAAAUUGGAACAGAACAAAUUAAAUCGUUAGAAAUAAUCACACAAAUUGGACGUUAAUAUUUCCAACCAUAACAAAGAGUGUAAUUUAGUGUAGAAGGAAAUAAUUUUCACGCGAUUGUUUAUACCGGCAAGUUUAUGAGACGACCGUACGAUAAAUCAAAAACGAAAUAGAAAGAAUAAAGCACUUUGAGAUUACGUGUCAAUUCAUUGGAGAUAAUUAAUGUGAAAUAUUUAUAUCAAGUAGGUAUAUGCUAGACAUCACCUGAAAGUUGUCAUGAACACAAGAAUUGAUAGGGUCACGUGGUUUUCAUUGGUCGUCACCAUGUCAACACUUUCGUCUGAAACAUUUUCCCAGCCGUCGCCGGAAAUCGACUGCCAGCUGCUUACGCCGUGUUCUUGUUCUAUGAGCGACGGAAGUGGCGAUAUCGACCUGACCAGCCUCAGCGGUUCUAAUGGGCAGCCAAAGUUCAAAGACGUUCUGAAUUCGGACGAGGGCUACUACUACUCAUACAGCCCGUGCGGAUCCUUCACAGAAUUACAAUGCCAAGACGCAACGGCGUGCUUUCUAGACCAGGCAAAGGAGCAGGCGCAGCAGAUUGGAGACUACGGAAGGACAGACUUCGAAUACGAUGGCAACAACGUCGUCGUCGCCUACUCUUCCGGUUCCGGAGUUCUCAAACUCACACAAGUAAACCUACUCUGUGACCCGACCGCCUGCGACCCUAAAUUCGUGCCAAACGGGAACCAGGGCCCGGGACUGUACGAAAUGACAUUAACCACCAUCUGCGCAUGCCCAGGAAAGUGUUCAGCUUCCGGUCCAACAUCCGGUUGCCACUCUAGCGGUGCUGUUGAGGGCCUCAGUGUUGGAUCAAUAUUGCUGAUCAUAUUCUUCGUCACUCUGGCCCUGUACCUGACGGCCGGUGUCGCCUACAUGAGGAUCCGCAAACAGGCCUCCGGAAGUGACAUGAUCCCCAACAAGGAAUUCUGGGUAGUCUUACCCUCGCAUGUUGUUACUGGUGGGAAAUUCGUCGUAGCAAAGAUCUGCCGAAAAGAAUCGAAAUAUGACCAAAUAUGAGCGAAAUAUAGGACCCUUUUGUGUUGGUAUGAAGUUUUAAUCUGGAUGUCAGUUUGAAGAAUUAUAUAAUUGCAUGACUACUGCAAGUGCAAUAAUAAUUUUCAGUUUUGUAACUACUUUAUGUAUUUAUUCUCUGUAUAUUUUGAAAGAUUGAGUAUAUGAUUUAUUUGAUUCAUCUUCCGGGUGCAUCCCGUUAGGUGGUCCAUUCCGUAUCGUCCGUUUGUUCAGCUUGACAUGCAAAAUGUUUAAAAUAAUGUAUUAUUUAUCUUAGUUGAAAUGCAAACAACUAUGGUAAAGUGACUGGACACUUCUCUGUGUUGCGUGUGCUUCUUCCAAAGAAUAACGCUUAAUAUAUACGUCACGUUGCCUUCAUAUUCAGUCUUCGUUUUUCUUUAGCCUUACCAGAUCGCAUUUUUAUUAACGAUGUUUGUUCAUUUUAAUUUUAAGUGUAAAUAAAAUGUGUGUAAAAGUAA